CUGUUUUCGUCUCCAGAGCUGUUUCAAAUCAAAGACGUCCGCAGGUCCCGUCGGUUGUCCCUCGGAAGUACCCCUCCCCGUGCAUGCGUUUUGCGCGCAUCGACGAGCCCGCAGCACAGAGUCAUGCGGUCUGCGGCGAAGACCUUUGGGGAAACCGUCGCUCAGCGCUAAUCGGUUUGUCCGUUGAUCUGUCAGAGAAAACUCCCACCUUUUUCUCCUUUUUUGUUUCUGCUUCACGGCACCCCCCACACUCGUCGAUGGUUGCGUCUGUGUCUCCGUCUUUGAGCAAGCCGUGAUUUGCUGGCCCUCCCCCGCGCCGGUUCUCGCUUCGCAUUUCUUCUCUGCAGCGCUUCGGCCCUGAAACCUUCGUCGUUCCCCACUUCGAGUGUCGUUUACAGUUCCUCUUUCCGCCUCUCAUUCGGCGAACCACGCCCCAACUGCUUUCCCCCAUAUCGGCGGCGCCUGUGCGACCUCCGGUCUCCACGCCCGCGCGACUUCUCCGCCUGCUGUCCGCUCCCGUGCUGUCCUUCUGCACCGGAUCUUCCUCUGGCUGAACCUUCUGCCCGUCUUGUCUCUCGAAUUCUCCUCUACCCUCUUCUUGUCUUCCUGUCUGCAUCGUCGUGUCUCUCUUGCGUGGGGCAGCGGGUGCUGUUGAGUCCGGCGCUACGUGGCUAAGUUCGCGGACGCCGCAGAGAAAUACCUUGGAGCGUUUUUUGACGGCGAAGGAUAAUGGGGGUCCACCAUGCGCUCGACGAUGCGGGGGAGAUGCCUCACAGUGGAGGGCGGAGAGCUGUUGCUCCCAUUUACCCUCUCGAUCUGGCAGGACGUCUGAGACCUGCAAUGCUGGUGUUAGCCGAUGGGACUGAGUUUCUCGGAUACUCCUUCGGCUACCCAGGCAGUGUGGGAGGCGAGGUCGUUUUCAACACUGGUAUGGUCGGCUACCCCGAGUCUCUGACGGAUCCUUCGUACGAGGGGCAGAUCCUCGUUCUCACAUACCCUCUCAUCGGCAACUAUGGCGUUCCCUCUUCGGAAAAAGAUGAGCAUGGCCUGCCGAAAUACUUUGAGGGCGACCGCAUUUACGUUCGCGCUCUCGUUGUGGCGGACUACGACAACGCAGCUGUGACGGCACACUUUCGUGCAGAGAACAGCCUCAGUGCUUGGAUGAACACUCACAAAGUCCCGGCAAUUGCAGGAGUCGACACGCGAGCGUUGACCAAGCACCUGCGCGAGGUCGGCUGCAUGCUGGGCAAGAUCGUCGUCCUGAGCGAAGAAGAAGAGCGUCGAUCCGGCUUGUCGCUCUCGGCUCUCGCCGCGCUUCCCUCAGCGACUGCAGCAGAGCAACGAGGAGAGAACGACGCGACGGUGACGCCCGACAAAGCAGAGGCCCGCCUAAGAGUGGAGAGGCGACAAGCAGCGCUCACGAUGUGGGAGGAGGCGAUCCGCAACAAGGCGAAGAACCUGCCAUGGGAAGACCCCAACAAAGACAACCUCGUCGCCCUCGUUUCGCGAAAAGAAGUGCGCGUCUACAAAUCUACUGUCGUGGAUCCGAAUCUCCGCGACGUCCUCAUCCUCUGCGUGGACUGCGGGAUGAAAUACAACAUCUACCGCCAGCUUCUCCAUAGCAAAUUCGAGCACUGCAACAUCAUUCUCAAGGUGGUGCCGUGGGAUUUCGACUUUGGCAACGACGAAUUUGACGGGCUCUUCAUCAGCAACGGUCCAGGCGACCCUGAGAGAUGCGAAAAAACAGUUGCUAACAUUCGACGCGUCAUGGAGCGAAAGAUCCCCAUCUUCGGCAUCUGCCUAGGAAACCAACUCCUUGCCCUGGCUGCCGGCGCGAGAACGUACAAAAUGAAAUACGGAAACAGAGGAAUGAAUCAGCCGGUGAUCGACUUGCGGACGUCGAGAUGCUACAUCACACCCCAGAACCAUGGCUUUGCCGUCGACGAGAGCACGCUGCCUCGAGAUUUCCUGCCGCUCUUUGUAAAUGCAAACGACCGUUCGAACGAAGGCAUCAUCCAUCGCACGCUGCCUUUUUUCUCUGCACAGUUCCACCCAGAGGCGUCAGGUGGUCCGACAGACACGUUUUACUUAUUUGGCGACUUCAUCGCCUCGAUUAUGAAGGCGCAGACGCUGAAGCAGGUCCACACGACUCCGUUCUCCUUUCCGCAGAAGUUCCAGAAAGUUCUGCUUCUCGGGAGCGGAGGCCUGAGCAUCGGCCAAGCCGGGGAGUUCGACUACAGCGGCUCUCAGGCGAUAAAGGCGCUGAAAGAGCAGAACAUCUUUGUCGUCGUGGUGAACCCUAACAUCGCCACGGUGCAGACCAGCCAGCACAUGGCCGACCGGGUGUACUUCCUGCCCGUCACGGAUGAGUUCGUGACAAAAGUCAUCGAAAAGGAAAUGCCCGACGGCAUUCUCUGCACAUUCGGAGGCCAGACGGCCCUCAACUGCGCUGUGAAACUCCACGAACAAGGCGUCCUGGCAAAAUUCGGCUGCAAAAUCCUCGGCAGUCCAAUCGAAGCGAUCAUUGCGACUGAGGAUCGAAAGGUGUUUGCGGCGAAGCUGGAAGAAAUCGGAGAAAAAGUGGCGGAGAGCGCGGCCGCGACAAACACGGAAGAAGCUGUGCAAGCGGCGAAGGCCAUUGGCUACCCCGUCCUCAUUCGCGCCGCCUUCGCACUCGGUGGGCUCGGAUCUGGGUUCGCCGAGGACGAGGAGACCGUCCGACGCAUUUGCAAGGAAGCCUUCUCCCAUUCUUCUCAGGUUUUCGUGGACAAAAGCCUGAAGGGCUGGAAGGAGGUGGAGUACGAAGUCGUUCGCGACUGCAAGAACAACUGCAUCACCGUCUGCAACAUGGAGAACUUGGAUCCCCUCGGCAUCCACACGGGAGAUUCGAUUGUCGUUGCUCCUUCGCAGACGCUGUCUAACGAGGACUACUACCGCCUGAGAGAUACCGCGCUGAAGGUGAUUCGUCACUUCGGCAUCGUCGGCGAAUGCAACAUCCAAUACGCGCUCGACCCUAACUCGGAGAAAUACUACAUCGUCGAAGUCAACGCGCGUCUCUCUCGGAGCAGCGCCCUCGCGUCCAAAGCCACUGGCUACCCUUUGGCCUACAUUGCGGCGAAGCUCGCUCUCGGCUCGACUUUGGUGGAGCUCAGUAACUCCGUGACAAAGGAGACAACCGCCUGCUUCGAGCCUUCGCUGGAUUACGUCGUCACCAAGGUGCCGAGGUGGGAUCUGCGAAAAUUCGAGUCGUGCGACCCCCUGAUGGGCAGCGCGAUGAAGAGUGUCGGCGAGGUCAUGGCCAUUGGACGCACCUUCGAGGAGUCUCUGCAAAAGGCGCUCAGAAUGGUGGACGAGAAGGCCGGCGGCUUCGACGAGUCGGUCUGUCACUUUUUUUCCACGGACGAGGACUGCGCGCCUUCGCUGCCCGGGUCAGACUUCAAGACGUCCUCCUCCGGAGAAUGCAUGCGUGGCGGCUGCGGACGCACGGACUCCGGCGCCGAGCGGCAGGCUGCGCUGCUGGAGGCGGAACUUCGCCGUCCGUCGCCGAAUCGAAUCUGGGCGCUGGCGCUCGCCUUCCAGCUCGGGUGGACGGUCGACGCGCUCCACGAGAAAACGAAAAUCGACAAAUGGUUUUUGAGCAAACUUCAAAACAUCAACGACAUCAAGCGACAGCUCACCCAGCUCACCCUCGAUGACCUCACGCGCGCAGAUUUCUUCUACAUCAAGAAAUACGGAUUCAGCGACCGUCAGAUUGCGCAGUACUUGAUGAAUUCACCGAGCGCGGCUGCGCUGUCGCAGUUCGACGUGCGUCGUCGGCGACUGCACCUGGGCGUCAGACCGUCGGUGAAGCAAAUCGACACUCUCGCGGCCGAGUUUCCUGCUCACACGAAUUACCUUUACUUGACCUACCAAGGAAUCGACGACGACGUCUCGCCUCUCGCUGCCACAUCGUCCGUCUCGGCGGUCUUCGCUGGCGCGCGAGCCGAGAAGAGAGAAGAAGAAAACGCAGAGACAUGCAGAGACGACGAGGACGAAAGUCUCCUCCGCCGCCUGAGCAAAAGCUCCAGCGCGCGGCUUAGAACCGGCGAAGGCGACGCACCCGGAAAACAAUGUUUUGUGGUUCUAGGCUGCGGCUGCUACCGCAUAGGAUCCAGCGUCGAGUUCGAUUGGUCCGCUGUUUCGUGUGUCCGUACACUUCGGUCUCUUGGCCACCACGCGAUUGUGGUAAACUGCAAUCCCGAGACUGUGUCGACGGACUACGACGUGAGCGAUCGGCUGUAUUUCGAAGACUUGAGCUUGGAAACAGUCUUGAACAUCUGGGACAUUGAAGCCCCGGCGGGAGUGAUUAUUUCCGUGGGCGGCCAGACACCAAACACGCUGUGCUCUGCACUGGAGAAGCAGGGCGUGAGGAUCGUCGGGACGAGUGUGGCGGCGAUCGACUGCUGCGAGGACAGACACAAGUUCUCCCGGCUCUGCGACGAGCUGAACAUCGACCAGCCGAGGUGGAAGGAGUUCACCGACCUUCGCACAGCGAAGGCCUUCUGCCAAGAGGUCGGCUACCCAGUCCUCGUGCGUCCUUCCUACGUUUUGAGUGGUGCUGCCAUGCGAGUGGUGACCGACGACGAGCAGCUCGACGCCUUCCUCAAAAUCGCAGCUGUCGUCAGUGGCGAAUCUCCCGUGGUCAUCUCCAAGUUCGUCGAGAACGCCAAGGAAGUGGAAUUUGACAGCGUCGCUUGCCGGGGGGAAAUCGUAAACUUUGCAAUAAGCGAGCAUGUGGAGAACGCGGGUACUCACUCUGGAGACGCGACUUUGAUUCUCCCUGGACAGAAGCUUUACGUGGAAACGAUUCGUCGCGUGAAGAAGAUCUCGCAGAAACUCGCGCGCGCACUCCAAGUCUCAGGUCCGUUCAACAUCCAGUUCAUCUGCAAACAGAACGACGUGAAAGUCAUUGAGUGCAACUUGCGAGCGUCGCGUACUUUCCCCUUCAUCAGCAAGGCCUUCAAUGUAAACCUCAUCGACCUCGCGACAAAGGUGAUGAUUGGCGCACCGGUCACUCCGUUGCCGAUUCACUUGAUGGACCUUUCCUUCGUCUGCGUGAAAGUUCCAGUUUUCUCUUUCGCGCGUCUUCGCGGCUGCGACCCGGUCCUUGGCGUGGAAAUGCGGUCGACUGGAGAAGUUGCGUGCUUCGGAGCCAGCAAACAUGAGGCUUUCCUCAAGGCUCUCAUCUCGGCUGGUGUGCCGCUGCCUCUUGAGAAGCGAACGAUUCUCAUCAGCGCAGGCCCUCUGUGGUCGAAGAUGGAACUCGAGCCGUACUUCAAAAUCCUUUUGGACCUGGGCUUCACAAUCUACGCAACGGAAGGUACCUACAGAUUCCUCAUGAACAGCGUCGUUCGCGGGCAGGGGACCCACCUGCCUGGGAACGCGUCGCCGGCGUCCGACAGCGGCCUUCGGACUCCUACGACAGCCGAGUCCGACGCAGAUGCGUGCAUUUGCGCUAAAUACGCAUCGCGCAUUAUUCGCGUGAGAAAGCCGAUUGUCGGAUCGAAUGAGUCGCACAACGGAGGUCACCAGUCACCUCACGCUCUCUCCCUCAUUGAAAGUGGGAAGGUCGAAAUGGUCAUCAAUGUGCCUGACAGCAUGAACCACCGAGCGGCCACAAACGGCUACCUGAUGCGUCGCACUGCGACCGACUGCGGAGUUCCCCUCCUGACAAACGUCAAAGUGGCAAGCAUGUUCGUCGAGGCCCUCAACAAGAAAGAAGCGAAAGAAGCUCAGGGUCGCUCCUUCUGGGACAUUCGCAGCUGGGAUGAAUACUGGCCUCAAAAAUAAUUUCCAAUGCUUUCGCCAAAAACGUUCCAUAUCUCUCGCUCUACUGACGCAUUUGAGUUACGCGACGGAUUUCCAGCAGUGGCUCCGCUGUAUGCUUCUUCCUCUCUCUCUAGGCAUAAUGAUAUAUAUAUAUAUAUAUAUAUAUAUAUAUGCAUAUGUAUGUGUACGUGUGUGGGAACACCGGCUUGAGAACCGGUUUUCAAGACGUUGAAAGUCGUCUCAUCUUUGUUCCUCCACAACUGAGCAUUUGUCUGUGUAGAUGCGCGGCUUUGUUCACAUGUGUAUCGACAUCUCAGCUGUUACGUGUGCUGAUGUGAAUAGAGCAGCGAGCGUACAAGUAGUGAAUUUGCCUCAGGGUCUUUUGGCGACGGUUGGUGUUGUCGAAGCAACGCGCUUGCAGUUGUGUGCAUGCUUGAGCCGAUUUGAACCAACAACCUAUUUGUGCGGUGCCAGUGUUCUGCAAAGAGAGCGUCACGUCGGGAAUGCUUCAAAGCCGAAACAAAUGGCAUCGAAACUCUCGUCGGAUGCGAGACAUGCCUGCACCUCCUGCCGUCGCAUUCCAUUUCGAAGGAAAGUCAUCGCCUCGGACGCCGAGUUCUGAUUCACGGAAAAUAUGCAGACUGUGGCGUAACCAUUCUCUCAGAAGAAACACAGAUUUCUACAACUCGAACUUCGCCUUCUUCCAUAAACGUUUCGUCAACAUAUUUAUACAUACAUAGAGAUAUACGUGUAUAAGUAAA